UCUCUCUCUCUCUCUCUCUCUCUCUCUCUCUCUCUCUCUCUCUCUCUCUCUCUCUCUCUCUCUCUCUCUCUCUCUCUCUCUCUCUCUCUCUCUCUCUCUCUCUCUCUCUCUCUCUCUCUCUCUCUCUCUCUCUCUCUCUCUCUCUCUCUCUCUCUCUCUCUCUCUCUCUGCUUGUCUGUGUUCAAACGCUCUGCCAUCGCUCGCAUUACAUCAUCAAUAUCCAGCAGCAAGCGGAUCAGAUCGGAAGGCUAUUUCCGUCUGCAAACCCCCGAUCAGAGGCGCGGGGGGGGAGGGGGGGAGGAGAAGUCGUUCGGGUGCUUUGACCGGACAUCGUGGGGAUGAUAUACAAUAACAACACGGCCACGAUGCAUCCAUAGCGGAAUGAUGUGACGUGUCUCCGACAGGGGGAGACCAGAGACACCGUCACCACCGCGCGCCUCCAUCUCCCUUUGUUCACCGAGGAGGGGAUGACCAGGGAUGACAUGAUGGCGGAGGUAGAGGCAGCGCCCCCCCGCCGGGACCAUCAGCCCCCAUUCCCCUACGAGGAGUACGAGUGCAAGAUCUGCUACAACUACUUCGACCUGGACCGCCGCGCGCCCAAGCUGCUGGAGUGCGUGCACACCUUCUGCGAGCAGUGUCUCACCGCGCUGCACCUGCGCGAAGAGCGGCCGUGGCGCGUCAGCUGCCCGGUGUGCCGCCACCGGACGCCCGUGCCGGACUACCGCAUCCAGAACCUGCCCAACAACACCAAGGUGACAGAGGACUUCCCGCUCUACAUGGACUCGGACCCCCUGCCGCAAGACGCCUUGCCGCUCUACCCGCCCCCGCUGCACCCGGCCCUGGUGGCGCUGCGGCGGGAGGAGGAGGUGUCCGGCGGUGGCCAGGCCACCCCCUCCUCCACCACCACCUCCGACCCCGUGUCAACUGCCACCACCCUCUCGCGGGACUCGGUGCGAGACUACGACAGCUGCCAGAGCUGUAAGCGCGUGGCGCUGACCACGGGCUGCGUGUGCGUCGUCUUCUCCUUCCUGUCCAUGCUCGUGCUGCUCUUCAUGGGCCUGAUCUUCGUGCACAGCCACGGCAGCCCCCCCUCCCCGGCCGGGCCCAUCUGCCUGUCCGUGGCCAGCAUCCUCGCCAUGUUCUCCGUGGUGGUCACGUGGCUCAUAUGCUGGCUCAAAUACAGACCCGCCGAGCACGAGACGGGGGGGCGCGCGACCGCCACCAACAGCUCCCGGAGGAAUGCCUGAUCCGCAGCUAUAGGGUCUGGACCGAGAACGGCCCCUUUAUUUUUCUGUGUGUUCGUGUGUGUGUGUGUGUGUGUGUGUGUGUGUGUGUGUGUGUGUGUGUGUGUGUGUGUGUGUGUGUGUGUGUGUGUGUGUGUGUGUGUGUGUGUGUGUGUGUGUGUGUGUGUGUGUGUGUGUGUAAUACUGGAUACUGAUAUUCCUACUUCCUUUUCUAGGAACCUAUAUAUCUAACAAAGAUUGCCUUUCAAUGAUAUCAAAACACCCCAGGGCCUUGUGAUGUGAGCGCUGGGCUCCCUGUAGUGAGGGAUUCAGACUGUUUUUUGGUCAAGCACUAAACUGUGGUGGAUGGCUUGAUGAAGAAGAGAAGUGCUUAUUUGAGUGUGACCAAAACCUCUCCUGGAAGAUAUUGCAUAUUCCGUACCGCUCACUGUAUAUGAUAUUGUCGUUCACUCUUCUAGCUUUCACUUACAUAGUAGAGCUGCAAAUGAUAACACAUUCUCUAUGAAGAAGCUGGAUUUAGUUUGGCUUUCAUUGUUAAACAUUAUGGGAUCCACCAUCUUAACUGUAAAUACUCAUGGGUACAGACAGUCCCUCGGGUCAAACACUCCUCUGAUCUCUAUGCUCUCCUGUUCUCAUCAGUGUCCUUGGUGAGGAACCAGUUCAGGUCCAUUGCAGCUGUGUUUGAUCCCACCCAUAGGGUCAUGGGUUUUGCAUGCAUACACCGAGUACAGGCGGGAGACAGUUGGACAGUUUGCUGAGUCUCUCCGCCUGUGUGCCUCUCCCCGUUGUUAAUCUCCAAAGUGACCUGCGGCCACCACCUAAUCCAUCUUCCAAUGACAUGCUCAAUUCAAUCAGUCUACCUACCAAUCAAAUGCUCAAUCCAAUCAGUCUACAGAAUAAUGACAUGCUCCAUUCAAUCACCCAAUCAGUCUGCCGACCAAUGAAAUGCUCAAUCUAAUCAAUCAAUCAACGCACUGGCCCCUGGAAAUGGUCAAUCAGGCCGUGUCACAUGAUACUGUGAUUGUUGAGAAACUGUUCUUCACUCAGAGAGGACCGGACAGGCAGUCAGAGAGGACCAAACAGGCUGUCAGAGGGGACCAGACAGGCGGUCAGAGAGGACCAGACAGGCGGUCAGAGAGGACCAGACAGGCAGUCAGAGGAGACCAGACAGGCGGUCAGAGGGGAUCAGACAGGUGUUCAGAGACGUAGCAGACAGGGUAUUCUCAGCCUUCCAUCUCUGGGUUUAUUUAUUUAUAUCUGGAGAAAAUGUAUUAUUUUUACUGUAAUCCUUAUUAUCAUUGUUGAAAUUGUUGCCGUUUUUUUUUUUUUUUUAUCUAUUUUCAGGGUUUUGGAAACCAAGGUUUGUAAGGGAGGCUGAGCUCAGUAUUUACGAUAUUGGCGAGGAGUGUUUUAGAAGCCAAAGAGAGAUUUAGAAAUACACCAAAACACUUCCUCCACGGGGUCAGAGACGUCACAGUCCUCUGUAAUGUCUCCUCCUUCACGGUGUCAGAGACGUCACAGUCCUCUGUAAUGUCUCCUCCUUCACGGUGUCAGAGACGUCACGGUCCUCUGUAAUGUCUCCUCUUCCACGGUGUCAGAGACGCCACAGUCCUCUGUACAGAGUACGGACCCUACAGCAGACGGACGCUCUCUCAGAGUGUCAGGACUCAGACCGUUGGCCUACAUGUACUUCCUGGUUCAAUAACGUGUGUUUCUGUCACAGCACGUAUUACAUAUUUUGCCAGAUUGACCUUAAUGCCUGCUUAAAACCUUUUAUUUAACGUAAUGCACUUUCAGUCUGUUAUUUGCCACAAGUUAAAGAGUGUAUUUUGAGGAAAAACCCAUGUAAGCUUAUUGCAAUUAUUUAAGAGGACCUAUAGAACAUGUUGUAUGGGAAUUUCUGGUGGUUGUUGUUAUGGUUGUUACGGUACAAAUAUGUAUUUGCACAGAGAAAUUAUCCUUAUGUGAUGUUUUAAAUACAUUAACUCAUUUCAGUAAUAAAGAAAAGCUGAAUAGCCA